CAUACCCGUGGCAGAAGUUCACCAUGUCUAUCCAUGAGCUUUUUAUCAUCCAUCAUUGGCGCACUUUCGUCACGUUCACUCUAUGUCUUACCGGCACACUGAUGUUCUUCAAUCUACACUUUUUCCAGUCAUUGGAUCUGAGGCAGUCUAAUUUAAGUGGUCGGAGUGAUCAUAAGUCUAUGUACUGUUACGAAUUAUGCCGCGAUAUGGACUGCAACAAUCUAGGUCACCUAUCUCUCACGGCGUCCAACCUUCCGUUUUUGGUUGACGAGUUGAUGCGUAUCAAUCAUUCUGUGCAUAACGAGCUCAUAGAGCUGGAACAGCGUCGACUUGAUCUGUUGUCCAGUUUGAGCAGCAUCCAGACUCAAGUGGAACAUGUCCGUUCCGUGCUGAUUGACCACAGUCGUCAGUUUAUGCGACUAAAAGCAACCAUCAAUGCUCACGAGUAUCACCUUAUGGAGCUUCAAAACUCUUCACCUGUGGUGCAUAUACAACCUCCUUUUCAAAUUGCUCCUCCUCCCGAUUUGGAAACCAUGUCCCGGAAUCCAAGUAGUUUGUCUGAGCAUCUCUGCACAGUUGAAUCGUGUACAAAUUGGAAUCACUGCUUAUCGAACGACUUUCUCAAAGUUUGUCUCUAUAGCUCUAUGUCCCGAUCAAAUCCGUUGUCGCUUGUCGUCAAACAAUCUCCUCAUUAUGUUGCAGAUUGCAGGCCGAAUACAUCGAAAGUUUGUCUGCAAAUAUCAGUCGGUCUUUCUGACGCAGUGGACUGUGUAAAGAAGGGGUUAAGUACAAACGGGCCGACGUGUCUUGCUCUUCUAUCUCACAUGGAUUCUGUCUCUGAUCUGUACGACAAACUCCGAGACAGCCAUCUUGUAGCCCGUUCCAUUAUCGUUGCUCCGUAUUUUCCUCCAGGUUUAUUUCGGCCACGAUUCGAUAUCCUUUCACCCAUUCCACAUGAACUGUUUUCAUCGACUUCCAAUAGAACCAAUCUUCUCCCUGGCCAACGUUUCAUACUACUUGCAUUCUCAGCCGGAUGUGUCCAAAUGGAAAAUGCAUCUUCCACAUUAGUUCAUCAACUUCGUCAGCUUUCCAACAAGACACUGUAUCCACAACUUCAUUCUCGGAUCCACAUGCAUUUUCAUCAGACUCAAACAGAGUUGCUCCAAUGCUGGCCAGCCCCCUUGCGAAUGAGGUAUGCAAACCUUAUGAUGGCAGAACCUACUUGGUUUCCCUGUCAAAACGCUGUAGCUCUUUUACGGAAUUCAACCUUCUGUCUUGUAUUAGACACUGGUCUUCCUGGCACUUCUCCCAGUUUCGGUUGGCAAGCUCAACUUUUCUCAUGUUUGGCCACCGGAGCUGUCCCGGUCAUCUUGGGUAGCAACCCUGUGUUUCCACUGGAUGACACUGUACUCGGUCCAACUGAGUGGUCUCGUGCGGUUCUUCGACUUCCGAAACUCAGAGCAUUCCAACUACCAGCUAUCUUACAAUCCAUACAAGAGGCACAUAUUGUCGAGUUGAGGAGACAAGGUCGCUUGUUAUUUGAGCGCUAUUUCAAAGACGAUGCAACUCGGCUUGCCUCAGUACUCUUGGUGGUUAGCCGCCGACUGGGUUUCCCACAGCCACCGGCAUUGAGGUGGCCAGCGGUUCCUGCGUUUGGCCCUGGUCUGCAUGAACCACCAAACGUCUACCAAGUACCCCGAGAAUCCACCGCUCAGACGGAUUUAGAUGAUUUCCUUGGUCCAAUCGGUCCAGAGCAUGCCUCUCCGUGCUUUCUUAACAAUUACACCGGUUUGGGAGGCUCAGCACGCUUGGCCGUCGUAUCCACAUCUCCCGAUUCUGACGCAAUUGUGAACCCAUUCUGGAUGCAUCCGUCCGUUCCAUGGGAUACCUUUCUGCCGUCUGACGCACCAUUCAGUUCAGAUGCGCACACAGCCCGCGGGCUGCGUCCCAUCAACCACUCGAUUAAUCUGGCUGGGUACGAAUUCAGCAUGAGCCUCGGAGGCAUGCAUCCCUACGAACAGUUUACUAUUAUCAUGCUCACUUACGACCGGUUUGAUCUGGCCUGUCAAACGUUGGAACGGUUAGUCAAUUUGCCGUACGUGCACUCGGUGCUCGUUGUGUGGAAUCAUCCCGUCGCACCCCAUCCAGAUUUGAAAUGGCCGUUGCUACACGUGCCACUCAAAGUCAUCCGCGCCAGUAACAAUAGUCUGAACAAUCGCUUCCUUCCUUAUAACUUGAUUCAAACCGAUGCGAUCCUAUCGAUCGAUGAUGAUGUUCAACUUCGACACGAUGAGAUCAUAUUUGGCUUUCGUGUAUGGCGUGAAAAUCGAGACCGGCUAGUUGGUUUCCCUGUCCGCUCUCACUUUUGGAACUGGUCGUCUGGCGAAUGGUACUACCACUCGGAUUACACUUGCGAAUUCUCGAUGGUGCUGACCGGGGCCGCCUUCUUUCACAAGUACUAUUCCUUUGCCUACACUUGGGAAAUGCCAUUUGCUAUCCGGCAAAUGGUCGACGAACGCAUGAAUUGCGAAGAUUUGGCGAUGAACUUUUUGAUAGCGCAUCUGACCAGGAAACCACCACUAAAAGCUACCAUUCAUUGGACUUUCAACUGCCCUACUUGUCAUUCUACGCUCCAUGAUCAUCCGACCCACUAUGAAACCCGUUCGAAAUGCAUCAAUUGGCUGGCAGAUUUUUACGGUUACAAUCCCCUAAUCUACAGUCAGUACCGUGCAGAUUCACUGCUUUUCAAAACCCGCUUACCACCAUCAAAACAAAAGUGCUACAAAUUCAUCUAGUAACUUUUUUUUCUAUUCGAGACUUUUUUUCCUGAAAAACUGCAGCAUUCCAUACAGACGCUGCAGACUUGGGGCCUUAAUGGAGUUUUUAUGCUUCCAUCUACUGUUUGGAUGCAUUCAACCUGUCUUUUAUGAAUGCCCGCAUUUGCCAACGGGACCACAUUUUUUUCACGACACCAGCUUCCUACUUACUUCUAUUCUGCCCAUUUCUUAGCUUUUUUGUAAACAGAAAUAGUAUGAGCUCAAACGUUAUUAUUUGGUUAUUUGUCAGCUCAGAGCUCACCUAUCACUUCGUUUUCAGGCAUUAUCAGUGUGACAGUCUUUUGCAUUUUGUUUUUUAGAUCAAAAACUCGAGUUUCCUCUAUAGCUAUUCGCA